GUAAAUUCCGUUCUGGAGGACGCCAUUUCAGACCGCUGUAAAACCAGGCUUUCAAGUUACAUUUAAUUUACGGUCUAGGGUUGAAAAUCACAAUUCAAUUAUAGAAGUCUAAAAUGAGUAACUAUGAGGAGAGAGAGGAAGCAGAUAUUGUUCACUAUCAGAACCAGAGUGCAGCAUCUCCAGAGCCCAGCUGUGUGUCUAUAAAGAGUGACGUAUCCAUUAAUCUGCCUCCUUAUCUCAGUGAUGGGUCAGUGACCAUUGACCCCAGUGAUACUAAGAAAAAGAGAUUAGAAUCUCCAGAGCCCAGCUGUGUGUCUAUAAAGAGUGACGUAUCCAUUAAUCUGCCUCCUUAUCUCAGUGAUGGGUCAGUGACCAUUGACCCCAGUGAUACUAAGAAAAAGAGAUCAGAAUCUCCAGAGCCCAGCUGUGUGUCUAUAAAGAGUGACGUAUCCAUCAAUCUUCCUCCUUAUCUCAGUGAUGGGUCAGUGACCAUUGACCCCAGAUACUAUCAGACUGGAGACCCGCGGCAGGAUUCUCACCAACCAGUAGAUUAUGAACUACAGAGAAUCAAAGACCAACAUAAAACCAGCAUGAAGAACAAAUAUGAGAGCUUAUUUGAGGGAAUUAGCCUACAUCAAACCAUGCUGAACAGGAUCUACACACAGCUCUACAUCAUAGAGAGAGAGAGUGAAAGGGUGAAUGAAGAACACGAGGUUUUUCAAAUGGAGAAAACAGCCAGAAAACAACACUCACAAGACACUCCAAUCUGCUGCAAUGACAUCUUUAAAGCCGUACCUGAACCAGGAUGUGAGGACAAAGACUUAAUCAAGAAUGUUCUUACUAAAGGCAUCGCUGGAAUCGGAAAAACUGUCUCUGUGCAGAAAUUCAUUUUAGACUGGGCUGAGGGAAAGGUCAAUCAAGAUGUAGAUUUUAUGUUUGUGCUUCCGUUUCGAGAGCUGAACUUGAUCCGAGAUCAUCAGUACAGUCUUCAUAGACUUCUGCUGGACUUUCAUCCUGAACUUCAAGAUCUGGACUCACAGAUUUAUGAGAAGUGUAAAGUUGUGUUCAUCUUUGAUGGUCUGGAUGAAAGUAGAAUCACACUGAUGUUUUCAGAUGAUCAGAAAGUUUCUGAUGUAACAGACACUUCAUCAGUUGGUGUGUUGAUAACAAACCUGAUGAAAGGAGAGCUGCUUCCCUCUGCUCUUAUCUGGAUCACCUCCAGACCAGCAGCAGCCAAUCAGAUCCCCUCCAAAUACAUCAACCGUCUGACAGAAAUACAGGGAUUCAAUGAGCCUCAGAAGGAGGAGUAUUUCAGGAAGAGAAUCAGUGAUGAGCAUCAAGCCAGAAAAAUCAUCUCACACAUCAGAAAAACAAGAAGCCUCCACAUCAUGUGCCACAUCCCUGUCUUCUGCUGGAUCUCAUCCACUGUGCUUCAGAAGCUCCUGGAAGAAGAUCUGUGUGCAGAAAUCCCUCAAACUCUGACUGAAAUGUACAUCCACUUCCUGCUGAUCCAGAUCAACAUGAGGAAUCAGAAGUAUGAAGAGAGAGAUUCAGGGAAAUUAGUGCAGUCCAACAGAGAAGUGAUUGUGAAACUUGCUGAACUGGCUUUCAAACAGCUGAUGAAGGGCAAUGUGAUGUUCUAUGAAGAGGACCUGAGAGAGAGCGGCAUAGACGUCACUGAUGCCUCAGUGUAUUCUGGGAUUUGCACUGAGAUCUUUAAAGAGGAAUCUGUGAUUCAUCACAGGAAAGUGUACUGCUUCAUACAUUUGAGCUUUCAGGAGUUUCUAGUUGCUUUUUAUGAGUUUUACUGUCACCUGAUGAAGAACUUAGAGUUUUUGGAUGACAAACAUGAUAAGAAAAACACAUUGUAUGAGCUAUUAACGUCAGCAGUUGAUCAAACCCUUCGGAUUGAAAAUGGACACCUGGAUCUUUUUCUGCGGUUUCUGCUAGGCAUUUCACUGGAGUCCAAUCAGAAACUCUUAGAGGAUCUACUGACACACACAGAGUACAGCUCAGAAACCACCAGAGAAACCACACAGUACAUUAAAGACAGGAUCAAGAGAUUUUACUUAUCAGCUGACAGAUCAAUCCUUCCGUUGAAUGAUUGUUAUAAUCAUCUUUCAGCUGACAAAUCCAUCAACCUGUUUCUCUGUCUACUUGAAGUAAAUGAUCAGACAUUAUAUAAAGAGAUCCAGGAGUUUCUGGAAUCAGACAAACUCUCAAAUAAUAAACUCUCUGCUGCACAUUGCUCAGCAAUAGCCUACAUGCUUCAGAUGUCAGAAGAGGUGCUAGACAAGUUUGAUCCCAUGAAAUACAACACAACAGAUGAGGGUAGACGGAGGCUGAUACCAGCUGUGAUAAACUACAGAAAAGCUCUACUUGAUGGAUGUCGUCUCUCUGAUCAGUGCUGUGAAAAUUUGUCUUCAGCACUCCAAUCAUCAAACUCCCAUCUGAGAGAGCUGGACCUGAGUAACAAUAACCUGCAGGAUUCAGGAUUGAAAUUGCUCUCUACUGGAUUAAAGAGUUCACAUUGUCAACUGAACAUAUUGAGACUCGCUGGAUGUGGUCUCUCUCAUCGGCACUGUGAAAGUUUGUCUUCAGCACUCCAAUCAUCAAAUUCUCAUCUGAGAAGUCUGGACCUCAGUAACAAUGACCUGCAAGAUUCAGGAGUGAAGCUGCUUUCUGAUGGACUGAAGAGUUUUCAUUGUCAACUGAGCAUACUGAGAUUGGCAGGUUGUAGAUUCACUGGUCAGUGUUGUGAAAGUUUGUCUUCAGCUCUACAAUCAUCAAAAUCCUGUCUGAGAGAGCUGGACCUCAGUAACAAUGACCUUCAUAAUUCUGGAGUGAAGCUCCUCUCUGCUGGACUGUCAGGCUGUCAACUGAGCAUACUGAGAUUGGUGACUUGUAAUCUCACUGGUCAAUGCUGUGGAAGUCUGUCGUCAGCUCUACAAUCAUCAAGCUCCUGUUUGACAGAGCUGGACUUGAGUAACAAUGACCUUCGGGAUUCAGGAGUGAAGCUGCUCUGUGCUGGACUGGAGAGUUUACAUUGUCAACUGAGCAUAUUAAGAUUGUCUGGCUGUAUGGUGACAGAGGAAGGCUGUCAUUAUAUAUCUUCAGCUCUGAGUUUAAACCCUUCACAUCUGAUAGAGCUGGAUCUGAGCUACAAUUACCCAGGAGAUUCAGGAGUCAAGAUGCUUUCUGAUACACUAAACCUUCCAAACUGCCCACUGGACAAACUCAAUAUGGAACAUGGAGGAGAAUUCAGGAUUACUGCAGGACUACGCAAAUAUGCCUGUGAUCUUACACUGGAUCCAAACACAGCAAAUACUCAUCUCAUUCUCUCUGAGGAGAACAGAAAGGUUACACGAGUGGUGGAGUAUCAGUCAUAUGAUUUCCAUCCAGACAGAUUUGAUGUGCGUCCUCAAGUUCUGUGUAGAGAGAGUAUGUCUGGGCGCUGUUACUGGGAGGUUGAAUGGAGUGGAUAUGCUGGAAUAUCAGUGACAUAUAAGGGUAUCAGCAGGAAAGGUUGGAGUCGUGAUUGUGAGUUUGGAUAUGAUGAAAAUUCCUGGAGUCUGAUCUGCUCCGAAGACACAUUUAUUGCUUUUCAUAGUUAUAAGCUAAAUGUCAUACGUGUCCCUUCAGAGAUAUUUAAUAGAAUAGGAGUGUAUGUGGACAUGUCAGCUGGCACUUUGUCCUUCUACAGCGUCUCUGACACAAAUACACUCAAACACUUACACACAUUCAACAACACAUUCACAGAGUCUCUUUAUGCUGGAUUUGGGUUUGGGUUUUAUCAUUUGAACUCCUCAGUAUCUCUAUAUCAGAUUGAAAAGUCUAUCAACAACAGAUACAGAAACCUUUCACACACAAAUGAAUAAAUUUUUUUUUUGAAGCAUCGAAAAUACAUUUCGGUCCAAAAAUAGCAAAAACUAUGACUUUAUUCAACAUUGUCUUCUCUUCCGUGUCUGUUGUGAGAGAGUUCCAAACACAGCAGUUUGGGAUAUCCGGUUCGCAAACAAUUCAUUCGAUGGUUAUUAAUGACAUAAUUUAGAUUUUUGGGUGAACUAACUCCUUUAAGUAUAUACUGUAAUUUUAUUUUAACCCAUAGUAACAAAUUUUAACUGAUUAAAUCACCUAUUUUCGUUUGCUGCAUGCGUCCAGAUUUAUGAUGUUGCCCAUUUGAAGCUUAACUAUUAUUCAUUAGGUAAAAUAGGCUUUGUAGUUAAUGUGUGUUUCAGUAGGGAAUCGACGAAAAAAAAAACGUGAGGCACCAGCGCAAUCAAACAGCUGAAACAGAUAAUACUCCAUUUUUAGUCACACAGUAAAGGCAUAAUUUGAAAAUGCAAACUGUUAGCAGUUUGAAAAAUCAAGAAGAAUAACAGCGUUAAUAAGAAUUAUUUCUAAAUGAUGGACCGUUCUCAUUUCGCUCUGCAUAGGAGCCUGAAGAUUUUUUAAAUUUAUUUUUUAACCAAGAAUGAACCGAAAUGAAAACAUUUAGCUUCUAAUCUGUGUAUUGAAAUAUAUAUACAUAUAUAUAGGCUUAUGUAAUGACGGUUUAAUAACAAUAGCAUGCUGUGUAAAGGAGUAGACUGUAGCCUAAGACUAUCCCAUGUUUUGAAAUUAAUUCACUGUAAAUUUCUAAUGGUUUUUAAGGAUGUUAUAAUGUUAUAUUAUAUUAUUAUGUUAUUGUUCUUUUACUUCGUCCUUUCAUCUCUGUUACAGUAGCGGCGGUAUUACCCAUUCUGUUUGUCUACCUACUGUAGAAACACAUGUAGUAGAAUCUGGAGAGAAUACCAUAGGAAGGUGACUAAUCACUGUUUUCGAACACCCCAAAUCGUAGCCAAAUUUAAUUCAAUUUCAAUAAUUGUAAGUCAAUACAGUGACUGAUGGAGGGAGUGCGGAAAACAAGUAGCAACACAUACAUCUUAUGGGAAUGCCCUAUUCUAGUUCCUUACUGGACAAAUUUAUUUGGUUUCAUUAAUAAAAAUGUACUUACCCAGAAACCCUUUAAAGCUGUCUUGGGAGCUAUAGACAGAUUUAAUAAAAAGUGAGGUACCUCCUAUGAAUACUCCUAGUUGCAGCAAAGAGGAAUAUCACAAUUAAAUGGCUUCAGAGAAGGCCACCGACUAUUGAGGAAUGCUUACAGGCAGUGAGAGAAAUCUGUGAGAUAGAAAAAACAUAGUUUAGGACUCAGAACGAGUCUGUUUGCUGAACAAUGGAAACCCUUUACGAAUGAGCAGAGUGAGAUAUGGUGUGGAGGCAUUGAAACAUUUUUUUUUCCUUUUCAUUUUUAAUAUAUAAAAAUAAUCUAUCUUUGUUCUGUACUCUUCUUUUCAUUCUGUAAAAUGUAGUUAUGAUGUUGGUAAAUAAAAAAAAUAAGUAAAAAAAACAACUCGAAAUAAACAAAGACAAAGUGGUUUGUAAAAAUUGAAGAUGGUAAUGCUGUUUAAUCAUUAAUCAUUAAUCAUUCUCUGCUAAGAUGUUAAGAGAUUUAAUUUGUUCUUUUAUUUGCAACUGAUUUCACCUAAAUCUGUGUGACUGGAAGUCGGCUGUAGUUGCAUUUUUGUUCAUCUCUUUUUUUAUGUUCUUGUUCUUCUUUCUCAGUUAUUACUGACAAACAAAUAGCAUUCAGUGCACCAACACCCUGGUGCGGGUUAACAGAUUAAUGAAAUUUUACUUGCAGUUUAUGGCAGUAAAAAUAGUUCUGUUGCAUUUAAGAUCUCACAGCUGCUUUUCGAUAUAGUUGAUAAUAAUGUUCUUCUUUGGCGGUAAGAGCAUUUUAUUGGUAUCAGGGGUACUGCUUUAAAGUACAAACCUGAUUCCAAAAAAGUUGGGACACUACAAAUUGUGAAUACAAAACAAUAUAAUGAUGUGAAAGUUUCAAAUUUCAAUAUUGUAUUCAGAAUACAACAUAGAUGACAUAUGAAGUUUUUUUAAAUCCUUAUUGACGCUGUUCAGUGAGUCUAUGUGAACACAAAUAAACCGCUGCUGACGUGA